CUCCAAUGAGGGAGGUCUAUACAGUCGUCGUCGCUCAGUAUAUACCCAGUCCAGUCGACGAGUUUCGCGACGCGCGUCCUUUUGUCUUCGGCGAUCCAGCGCUUAAUUAACUGCUCGAUCAUGUUGUGACGGAUGUACGGACGUGUAUCGCCAACGGACGCGUCGCUCUCCGACACCGCGAGGAUGUACGCGCGAUAGAGAACGUCAUCUCCGUAGACUCCGAGUUCGCAGCUCCGCCGACUCCGAGCAACAGAUGUGACCAUCGUACGCGUCUCGUUCUUUAUAUUUAGUUAACCAAGAUUUUCUCAGUUGGUAACUUACAGCCGAUAUUCGGAUACCCACAGUGUUGUGCUCCUCGUCAAGAAACGUAACAGUAAGACGACAAUUGGAACGCAUGAGGAAUGCUUACUAUUGACUUGGAAUAAGAACCAUUUAAAUGGCCAACUCGUAGAUAAUAUUAGAUAUGCUUACAGGAAAAUAAAAUAAAUCUUGUUGAAAAAAAACCUAUAUUUGCAUCAUCAACGAUAAUCGUUCAUCGUUCUAAAGACUUACCUGCGACUUAAGGGCAGCGAAUUGUAUACGGGGAGUAAAAAGCGUAGGACAGAGAAUUCCUUUGUCCUUUGAAGCAGUGCGGAAGAGAAAGAAAGAGCGAGGAGAGUAGCUGAAAGAGAAGAGGAGAGAAAGAGAGAGAGAGAGAGAGAGAAAGAGUGAAUUGAACGGAGCAACACGCGGUCGAGUUUCUAUCUUGGAGUGUACCUGCCGCAGGAACAGGACAAGGACGGCGAGUGAACCGAGAAAGGGAGAAAGAGAGAGGAAGAGAGACGCUUUACACGCCGGUGAACGGUCGUCGUUGCCAGCGGCAAAGGGCAACAACCACGCUGUGGCCGGAGUUUCUACCUCCUUCUACUCAAGGCCAGGGCAUCGCGGCCCACGAAGUCCCCUUUGUAAGCUUCGUCAGGAUCCGGAUAAGACGUGCCAGAGUGACGGCUGUCGUGCGCGAAAUGCUCCGAAAUUGGCGAAGGUAGAACAGAGAUCGCGUGAGGAUCGUAUCUCGGCAGAUCUCGAGAGAAAGAAAGGAGGGGAACGUGAAGGAUAGUGAAAAGUGUUUUUUAUCUCUCCUGUGACCAUGCAGAGGCAGAGGCUACUACCGGACGCCAUGACAACGAUGGUUAGGGCAGCUGUUCUCGCAGCUGUCCUGGGACAACUUUUGGGUCCCAGCGUGGCCAGCAGGCCCGCCGGUGCCCAUCCUGGACACGCAUAUUUCGAGCAACCGUGCUGCGGUCGUUCUCACCUCAGGCAUCAUAAAGAACACGUGCGGGAAUUCAGCUGCGGCAUGCUGUACUACAGGACGCUCUACCUGGACAGUAAGAGGGAUGCCCUAUACGUCGGAGCUAUGGACAAGAUCUUCAGGCUAAAUCUGAGUAACAUCAGUCAUUCCAAUUGCGAGAGAGACGCUCUGAAUCUGGAACCGAGCAAUGUGGCAAAUUGCGUGUCCAAAGGCAAAUCAGAGCAUUUCGACUGCCGAAAUCAUAUAAGAGUGAUACAGCCGAUGGGAGACGGCAAUCGCCUUUACAUGUGCGGUACGAACGCACAUUCACCUAAGGAUUGGGUGAUUUAUAGCAAUCUGACUCACUUACCGCGCCACGAGUUUGUCCCGGGAGUGGGAAUGGGUAUCGCGAAGUGCCCUUAUGACCCUGCGGACAAUUCGACGGCAGUCUGGGUCGAGAAGGGCAAUCCCGGAGACCUGCCAGCUCUUUAUUCCGGCACGAACGCCGAGUUCACCAAAGCCGAUACCGUAAUCUUCCGCACGGAUCUCUACAAUCUGACUACCGGUCGUAAGACGUAUAGCUUCAAGAGGACACUCAAGUACGACUCCAAGUGGCUCGAUAAACCGAACUUUGUGGGUUCGUUCGACAUUGGCAGCCACGUGUUCUUCUUUUUCCGCGAGACCGCGGUCGAAUACAUAAACUGCGGUAAAAGUGUGUAUUCCCGCGUGGCGAGAGUUUGCAAGAGGGACACUGGCGGUAAAAAUAUACUCUCGCAGAAUUGGGCUACAUACCUCAAGGCCAGAUUGAAUUGCUCGAUACCCGGCGAGUUCCCGUUUUAUUUCAACGAAAUACAGAGCAUUUACAAGGUGCCGGGUGACGAUACGCAUUUCUAUGGUACCUUUACCACAUCGACGAACGGGUUAAUGGGUUCUGCGAUAUGUUCCUUCCACAUUGACGCCAUCCAAGAGGCUUUCCGCGGAAAGUUCAAAGAGCAAGCAACUAGCAGUAGCGCGUGGCUACCAGUCUUGUCCAACAAGGUUCCGGAACCGCGCCCGGGCCAAUGUGUCAACGACACAGAGACGUUGCCGGACACCGUCCUGAAUUUCAUAAGGUCCCAUCCACUGAUGGACUCCGCGAUUUCGCACGAGAACGAGAAACCGGUCUUCUACAAGCGGGACGUCAUGCUCACGCGAUUGGUCGUCGAUAAGCUGCGCAUCGACUUCGUGGGCAUCGAUUUGGAUUAUACCGUCUACUACGCCGGCUCUAGUGAUGGCCGCGUUCACAAGGUUGUACAGUGGAUCGACAGCAAUGGCGAAUCCCAGUCGAUCUUGCUCGAUGUUUUCGAUGUCACGCCUGGCGAGCCGAUACAGGCGAUGGAGAUCUCGAAGGAACAUAAGGCUCUCUACGUGGCAUCGGAUCAUCGGAUAAAGCAGAUCGAUCUGGUAAUGUGCACUCGACGAUACGACAACUGCCUGCGAUGCGUCCACGAUCCUUACUGUGGAUGGGAUAAGGACUCAAACACGUGUAAACCCUACGAACCAGGUCUUCUUCAAGACGUGUCGAACACCACGGCAGACGUUUGCGACAGCAGCGUCGGCAAACGGAAACUGGUCGUCACGUGGGGCCAGUCGGUGCAUCUGGGUUGCUUCGUGAAGAUGCCGGAGGUCCUGGCGAACCAAGAGGUGCGGUGGUACCAUUAUAGCAAAGAGAAGGGAAGGUAUCAGAUCGCGUACAAGUACGGCGCCGGCGGCGACAAGUUCAUCGAGACCUCGGAGAAGGGUCUGGUAAUCGUCGGCGUGAACGAGCAGGACGCUGGCAGAUACGAUUGUUGGCUCGGCGGUGCUCUCCUGUGUUCGUACAACAUUACUGUGGAUGCGCACAGAUGUUCGGCGCCUGCCAAGUCCAACGACUACCAGAAGAUUUAUUCCGACUGGUGUCACGAGUUCGAGAAGUAUAAGUCGGCGAUGAAGAGCUGGGAAAGGAAGCAAGCGCAAUGCGCCUCGAGGCAGAACGACAGCAAUCAGAAUUUACACACGAACGAGGUGUACGGCACGCCCCUCGUCUGAUGGAGCCGAUCAUUGGGUCCCUCGUCGAGCCGAGAUUACGAUGAUACGAUGAUACGCAUAAGCGUCCCGCCAAGGAAUCGCGGCUGGACCACCACCGGUUGGAUCGGCCUGGCCUUCUUCUUGGCCGGUCACGCCACCGCGCUUGGCCCGCUGGUCACUCGAGGACUCUUAAGUGAUUGAAGUCGGUCCGCGAUUCGCGAACUAGUGAACUGAAUAAAAGGUGUGAAGAAACGUAUGAUCAAUCGUGUGUAUUGCUAUCCACGUGCCACCGUGCCCGAGAGCUUCUCGUCGGCGCUGCCGAUCGCGAGUGACCAUCGAGUUUAUUGGCGGUCGGUGACCCGCGAGAACAUUCCACUUCCGUUCUCGUCACGCAUCCGACUUUCCGUUACACACACACACACACACACACACAUAUGUAUACAUAUAUAUAUCGUACUCGUCUCGCUGUAAAUAGACGUGUCGCGUGCGAUCCGCGAAAGUGAGACCGAACGCUGGACGCUGCGAAAGGAGCGCGGGGACAGCGGGACGUAGAUCCUCGGCUCGUAAAUUUCAAUACGGUUGCGCAAUCGCGCGGAGUGAUGUUCCUCGGGGUGAAUGAACGAUACCUCUUGUGCCGAAGAAUCAUGGAUAAAGUCCCGAUUCCUCUCACACCUGGACCGAUCGAUACUGCAUGGAGAAACGCGCAGUUUCCUUUCCUUGAACUUAUAAUUAAUUUUGCGAGAUGGAGGGAAUUUUAUGUGUACAUACGAUAUCGAAGCCUCAUUUACGGAAGACGACGCAACGUUGAUCGUGAUAUCAUCGUGACCAAGAUAUCGAUUACCGAUAGAACAUCAAUAUUAAGCGGUGCGUCAAAAGGAGAAUGGCGCGUUACCUUGCAGUUGUUUUCGCAUCCGGAAGGUGGAAGCGACCGACGAACGAAGUCGAGAUGGAGCUUCCCUACAAUGAGGAUGGGAGCAUCGAUUGGAGAAUAGUCGCAAACGGAGCCGGCGAGGAGGCUGAGAGAGAGGAAGCGGUGGUGUCGGACGAAGAAAGAAAGGUAAAACACGUCGUGUUAGAAAGAAGAAAAGAAAAACGAAACGUGACCAACCGCGCGUUUACGACGUCACGCAGGUUACAUAUGAGAUUAUUAUCGGCUUUAGAGACCUUCAUGCGAGCCGCCGCUGCGCUGCUGCACUCGCGCGACGCUGGUUAGCUUUCCAUAUCACGUUCGCCGCUUUCGCGGCGCGCACACGCCUAUUUUCUACCUGCACCCUUCAGACCCACCCACUGAACCCCCUCGUGCCCCUGCGCACCUCCGCGUUUUCCUUCAUUUUUCCCUUCAUAUAUCGCAUCUCGACGAUCGCGCGAGCUACCGCCCGUUAUCUUUUGUUUGCGAGAACCUUCGUGUCGUUCUGAUCAUCACCAUUAUUCUUCAUGUACCUACAUGAAACGCGCGGCACAGCGAAACGAGCACACGAUGACGCCGUGUUUUUAUCCCCGCACAUUCGCAUUAUGUCGACAAAAGCGCGUCGUAUUCGCGUGUCGUUUCGUGUCGCGCGGAACUCUCGAAAAAAAAAAUCGACAUACUCCAAUUCGCGAGGAAUCACUACGAGUACCUUCAUGACGCGUCGUCAUCGUCGAGAACUAGACAUUCCCACCCCUCCCCCGUUCCCUCCCUUCGAAUCAAGGUGCUACGCGGGUUUAUCUCCUUCAAAGGAAACCAGCGAGACCUGCGGUUUCAGAUCCACGUUAUACAUUUCUUUCAAACGCACGUAAUCCCGUCUGCUCUUUCUUUUUUUUUUUUUGUAUCCAAUCCUUUCCUCAACAGACACACACACACGCGUGUGCACGAGAGAAAUGCGUUACGAGCGAUUAACGGCGAUCGUUAUGUACGCGCCCGUGCACUGUACAUAAUACCGGACUUGAGAGUCACGUGUACACAUUUUCCGCUUAGAUAAGUCUAAUAUUAGCGUAGAGGAUAUACAUGUUUGCUUAUAAGUUUUCGAUGAACAUGGCCGGAGAGAUCUCUCGUUGCAUCCUGCGGUAUCGCUGAGUAAACCGGAGUAACGACCGCCGACAAAACUAAACGCGCGCGGUGCUGGGUAACAUCGAGGCGAGCGAUCGUUUCGACGACUUCCGGACUUGAGGUUGCGCGGGCUAUCGGAGCCCCAGCAUUGCAUUUUUUACCCGCAUACGUGGAACACGUACAUGCUUCGGCAUUUGAAAAGCCUACAGCGCCUACGGCGUCCGUGAAGUCCGCUUCGCCUGAAAACUGGAAUUUUGGCAUAUUUGCUGUUACAUUUGACUUAUCUUCUAGAUAUCGAAUACAUUAAUCGUUUGGAUACUUUUCUCUUUUAUUUUACCACCGCUUAUAGCUUUCGUUACGCUCUGUUUUAUUAUACCGCUCGAGAGCUUCUUUCGGACAUGGGAACGGGCGUUUCCGACUUCGGUGAUUAUCUGUACAUAGAUAAUAGCGUUAUAUUUUUAUAAAAAAAAAACGACAGAGAAGACUUAUCGCUAAAAAGCAACGGCAUGAUUUUAAUCUAUUGUUAGUAUUUCGACUAUCCGCGCAUUCACUCAAGUUGAUUGGCCACAAAAAAAAAAGUAUCCUCUCGAUCUCUGAAUAAACAAAUGUUUUUCAACAGAGAUGCAAACGGAUAUUUUUCGACACAUACGAAAAUGACAGGAACUCAAUUUUACCAUGCUUCAUCGCUAAUUUUGCAAAUACAUACGUCCUCGUUUAGCAAUCGUCCAUGAAAAUAUGCAAACUCGCACUAUAGUGGGAAUAGCGUUCGUGUUAGCGUCCGUCCGCGACUUUUCCUCGGAGAUCUCGACAUACAUUUUAUAAUCAACGCGGCAACAAAUGUUUACCGGUGGCCAUUUAACCGGUGGCGGUUUGUCGAACGAUCGACGUAUCGAGAUAGCACCCAGCCAGCCAUAAUCAGCACACACCUACACGUAGACCAUAAAAGAGUAGCAGGGGAGGUCAUGACGCCUUUCUAAACACGGAUUUCAGUUCCCUCAAGUAGUUGAUCGCGCAUCGGUGAUAGUUUCGCUUUUACUCUUAAAUUUGUACAUAGACAUUUAUAUUGUAACAUUCACAGUAUCCUCGGUAAUACAGCAGCGCGGAGAUGCCCGAUCGAGCCCUCGAUGGGCGGCGGCUGUUAUUAACUUCUGUACAGAGAUCGUCGCGAUCGACGGUUUACCUUUUGUACCUAUAAGGCUCAACCUAUACGAGAUUGUACGCGAUAAGGGAGAAGACCUCCGAUAAGGAAAAUCGCUGGAAAAAAAAAAUCUGAAAGACCGAAGUAGCGGUGUUGUACCUAAACGAGAGAACCUAGGAAGAUGUAAGAGAAUAAUACAAUAAUCUAAUCCUCGAGUAUGUACUUAUUAUGAGCUUCAACAAGUAUUGAAUAGUAUUAUGACGUAGGGUUAAGGCCGAAUACACAUUAGAGGUAAAAUCGAAAGACUUUCGGAUCGAGACUGAGCUAGUCUCGAAGUCGCGCGGAUCGACAAGGAUUCCGUUGACCUUCGCGAAAGUUUCGUUUCGCUUUUGAAGAUUCUUACGCACGAUUCUUUCGCCUUUAGAACAAGAAGAAAGAACGGGAAGCGGAUCCUCGACGAUCCGCUCGGUCCAUUUGUAUCUACAAAUCAUCCUUAAAUUUCUCCAGUCAUCAACCGACGAUCCCGAAUCGUAGUAGAUCGCAGACGCGUCUGGAUAUAGAGAUGAGCAGAGAAAAGCGAUUGAAAGAGUGUUAUGGGUGAGCGCAUGCAUGUUUGCGUGUGUGUGUGUGUGUGUGUGUGUGUGUGUGCAUGCGUACGAUUGCAUGAUGUCACGGAUCGAUACGUAAAGAAUAGUAAACCUACCUAUCGCAUAUUUAAAGAAAGUUAUAAAAAGAGUAAAAGCAAACGUAAUAUUACGAUAGAAUAGUAAAGUACACGAACUUUGGCUAAGAGCGCCUUCGUGCAGUCCUUGCGGACCACGUCACGUCAAUCGCGUGUUUACGGUGAUGGCGGGCGGGAAGGAAGUAUCGAUCGUGAACGAUGGUCGCAGUCUUGCCAAGUGCGAAGAAGUGCGUGCCCCGAUGCGAGUGCACGAAGGCGCGCUUCGGGUUGGAGUAGGCGUGAUCACGGAAAGCAAUCUAAGUUGAACUAAAAGUUGUUAGAUAUAUUAUUUGUAAGAUUACUGUAUGUUGCGUGAAUGCGAUUGAUGCGGCGGGAUAUCGCGAGCGGAACGAUCGAUCGGCGACGUAGAGGAAGGUAGCCUGCCCCGCCAGCGAGGCAAAGUAGUUUCGCCGCUGUUCGUCGAGACGUGAGCUCGAAACGCAUCCGAAGAGAGA